CGAGAUUUCCCCCCGUAGCCGCUCUGGCAGCUGAGGCCUCCUGACAGGAAAGAGGCGGUUGGUUCCGUCGCGGGCUUUCGGGAAGCUUGUUGAGAAGGAUGGAGUAUCUGACAGAGUCUACCGACCGCGGCCCUGGACACAUCUUGUGUUGUGAGUGUGGUGUCCCAAUUAGUCCAAAUCCUGCCAAUAUUUGUGUGGCCUGUUUGCGAAGUAAAGUAGACAUCAGCCAAGGAAUUCCAAAACAAAUCUCAAUUUCUUUCUGCAAACAAUGUCAAAGGUACUUUCAGCCACCAGGAACUUGGGUACAAUGUGCUUUAGAAUCCAGGGAACUUCUUGCUUUGUGUUUGAAAAAAAUCAAAGCCCCUCUGAGUAAGGUACGACUUGUAGAUGCAGGCUUUGUUUGGACUGAGCCCCAUUCUAAGAGACUUAAAGUUAAAUUAACUAUUCAGAAAGAGGUGAUGAAUGGCGCUAUCCUUCAGCAGGUAUUUGUGGUGGACUAUGUCAUCCAGUCCCAGAUGUGUGGAGAUUGCCACAGAAUAGAAGCAAAAGAUUUCUGGAAGGCUGUAAUUCAAGUCAGGCAAAAGACUUUGCACAAAAAAACAUUCUAUUAUCUGGAGCAGUUGAUUUUGAAGUAUGGAAUGCAUCAGAAUACACUUCGUAUCAAAGAGAUUCAUGAUGGUCUGGAUUUUUAUUAUUCCUCAAAACAACAUGCCCUGAAGAUGGUAGAGUUUCUUCAGUGCACAGUUCCUUGUAGGUACAAAACAUCACAAAGGUUGAUCUCUCAAGAUAUCCAUAAUAACACGUGCAAUUACAAAAGCACUUUUUCUGUGGAAAUCGUUCCAAUCUGCAAGGAUAAUGUUGUCUGCCUCUCUCCAAAACUGGCACAAAGCCUUGGCAAUAUGAACCAGAUAUGUGUGUGUAUUCGAGUAACUAGUGCCAUCCAUCUCAUAGACCCAAAUACCUUACAAGUUGCAGAUAUUGAUGGCAGCACUUUCUGGAGUCAUCCUUUCAAUAGUUUAUGCCAUCCCAAACAGCUGGAAGAGUUUAUUGUGAUGGAAUGCAGCACAGUCCACCAUAUAAAACGCAGUGCAGGUGCUGGAAUGAUAUCAAAAAAGCAUACCCUUGGGGAAGUCUGGGUGCAGAAAACAUCCGAAAUGAAUACAGAUAAACAGUAUUUUUGUCGCACUCAUUUGGGACAUCUUCUAAAUCCUGGAGACCUGGUGUUGGGGUUUGAUUUGGCCAACUGUAACUUAAAUGAUGAACAUGUCAACAAAAUAAACUCAGAUAGACUUCCAGAUGUGGUAUUAAUUAAGAAGAGUUAUGACCGUAGUAAACGUCAGCGCCGUAGAAACUGGAAACUAAAGGAACUCGCAAGAGAUCGAGAAAACAUGGAUACGGAUGACGAAAGGCAAUACCAGGAUUUCCUUGAAGAUCUUGAAGAGGACGAGGCAAUUAGAAAAAAUGUCAACAUUUACAGAGAUGCAACUAUCCCUGUGGAAAGUGACACUGAUGAUGAAGGCGCACCUCGCAUCAGUCUGGCUGAGAUGCUUGAAGACCUUCACAUUUCCCAAGAUGCCACUGGUGGUGAAGGUGCGUCAAUGAUGACAUAAGGAGACCGUGUGGUAGACGGUUUGCAUAUGGCCUCAGGAGUUGAACAACCUUUUACUCUGUUUCAGCUGGAGAAGUUUAAACCUGAAUAAAUAUGACUCUUGAUUGUUCAUUCAAAGUACC